AUGUCAGGCAACACCGACCCCUACAGCACUAUCGGUUCCCUGCCUAACAUCAGCGGGGGGAUCCCCACCUCCCCCGAUUUCGCACCUUCGAUCCUCUUCUGUCUCCUCUAUGGCAUCCUGCUCCCUCCCUGCAUAUGGAGGACUUACACCUACCGUAAGCCCGGUCGACUCAUGUGGACCUUUAUCAGGCUCAUCUUCUUCGCUCUGAUGCGGAUCGCUACCUUCGGCCUAAGAGUAAGCGAAGCGCACAGCGCCAGCCUACCCAACAACCCCGUGCCCAACCUAGGCACUUUUAUCGCUGAGCAAGUCCUGCUAGGCAUUGGGUUCAUCAUUCUAGCAGAUCUGAUGAUCGAGUUGCUCAAGAGCCAUAUGUGGAGGACGGACGUCCCCCCGGCUGGGGAAACACGCUGGGCUCACCCGGCGGGCCAUCACGUCUUGAAAAGAAUCGUGCGAAUCAUGCAUCUCGCGCUGAUCGUAGCCAUUGCGCUAGGGAUUGCCGCCGCAGCCCAGUACUCGAGUGCGAUCAACAGCCCCUCCAUCGCCUCGGAAGUGCAGACUUUGCGCAUCGUCUCCGUCGCCCUGUGUCUCGCUGUCUGCGCUCUGUUGAUCCUCGUCUCCCUCCUUCUUCUCACGCAUCCUUCCCUCGGCCUCUCACAUACGAUCUACCUCCUCGUCAUCAAUUGCAUACUGGUGAUCAUCCCUUCGUACCGCGUUUCAAGCGUCACGGAUUCGCCCUCCAUCUCCGCGCUCGUAGGCGCAGGCACCCAAGUCAAGUUCUACAUCUUGCAGGGGGCGAUGGAGUAG